UGGAGUCGUCCUCGUUUCCAACUCCUUCAUGGAGCGAGCCUUGUUCCAAACGCAGAUCCUGAAGAAAGAGAUUAUGACCUUGCGUACAGUGCACCGCGUCCGCAGCGAGGAAGAAGCCCUGGGAAAGUUGUCAGAAGCUUCGGUUUUAUGGCUCUUUACAGUAUUAGUUAUGGCGACGCUUCCCUGUGCUGUGUCGCUUGUCGUGCUGACACAUUUUCACCCCUCCAGCACUUUCAUCAGGGACGAGUAUCUGAUCUUCAUUCAUCUUCUUCACAUCAAUCAGGGCCAUCACCAUCAUUUCUCUCCGUUUCUUUUCUCCUAAAGAAGAAGUUUCCUCCUGACUAGAAACUGAAAGUGAAAAGUUGCUAGAAGUAAAAUACGAAUUAAAGCAUUGGAUUACGAUUAAAGUAAAGAGUGAGUAGGAACUGAAAAGGAGAUGCUAGGAGUUUUGAAAUUAAUAUGUUGAAUCAUACCACAAUUACUUAUGUGAUGAAUUGAGCUCUGCUAACGGUUGAGCUCUUCCAGCAACUACCUGCGGAUGCGCGACAAGGGCUGUUGUUUCGAGACGACGGACGAGGAGGGCCACUAUUAGUCUCCGUGGAUCCAGAACGGUUAUUGGCGGAUUUGACCAGGAAGUAUCUGACGAAAAAGUGGCCGGGUUAUUUGCCGAGGUACUAUUUACUACCUAAAGAGUAAGUAAGAGUGACUAGAAGAAGAGCGUAGGUAACGCAUGAGUAGAUUGUAGAGGAGUGUGCCCCCUCUACUGGGCUGGCGAAUUGUUAGCUACCAGCGAUCUUGUACGCCUUGAAGAUUGUGAUUGUGAUGUUGGACUUGAAGUUGAGUUACAGAGCCCUCCCGUCGACUUAAGAUUGUGAUUGUGAUGUUGGACUUGAAGUUGAGUUAAAGAGCCCUCCCGUCGACUUAAGAUUGUGAUUGCAUGCGGUGUUGAAGUUGAGUUAAAGAGCCCUCCCGUCGACUUAAGAUUGUGAUUGUAUGCGGUGUUGAAGUUGAGUUAAAGAGCCCUCCCGUCGACUUAAGAUUGUGAUUGUAUGCGGUGUUGAAGUUGAGUUAAAGAGGACCUGCUCUGUUACUAUAGCUAACGGAGUGGUAGUGCUUGCUGAGUCAAAACUUUUUCUUCAUCCUGUUAACAUCCUGGCCUCUGGCCCUGAAUUGUUAUCAGUAUCAGUCUCUACGGGCACUACGGACAGUGUCAUCAGAGGCCCAUACAUGUUGAGUUAAAGAGUCCACCCGUCGACAGUCAUCAAAAAAUUGAAACGCUUCCAAACUUCGAAUAUGCACCUCCUCCAUGAUCCAGAUUCCACGAUUUUUCAGUGGAGGGUCGCUGUCCAGUGCCGACAGCCUUCGAUGCAACUUUAGGAUGGGCUUUAGGCCACUGUGCCGCCUGUUUGGUACAGACGAAAAUGAAUGGGUAUUUUUAAGGCUUCCCCUAAUCAUCGUUGUAAGGAUUCCUCCAUCGUAGGUAUGCACCCAAAUACAAGGAGCAAUGCAUCCAAAUACAAGGGGCAUGAUGCUGAGGCAUCCAAAUCAAGGCAUAUUCUUGAGGGAUCCCGGCAGGGGUGAGCCCGGGAGAGCUCUAAUAGGUAGCGUGUGUCACCGAUUUGCUGCAAGCCGGCAAUAUGUGGCAAGCUGAGGGUGUGAGAUUCGAAGCUUUUUUGGACAAUCUUGAAACCGGUUCUAGUAAGGGAGCAUCAGUAGGUCCUGGUGCCGCAACUCUUAGCAGCUCUUCAAAGGAACAAAGUACACCAAUUGUAGGAGGACACGCCAAAGGAACUUCCGCAACUACUAUAGGAGGCACUACUGUAGCACGUAGUACUACAAUAGGAGGCACAUCAGCUUCAGCUUUUGCUCCCGCUGCAAGAGCAUCAUCAGCAUCAGCUGCCGCACCUCGGUCUGGGUCUCCGCGGCCCUCGCCAC